GUUUAUGACCGAGCCGAUAAUUUAUAUAAUAAUUUUGGUGGGGUUCAUAAAGAAUAUAGAGAAUUAGGCAGAUUUAGCCAAGAGUUAAAAAAUGAAGCGUUUGCUCUUAAUGAGAAAAAGCAAGAUUUAAAAGUUAAGUUAGGUGAAAUCUACAAGAGAGGAUUUAACAACGGGAUUUAUUUUUGUAAUGAGACA